UUCGGGGCCCAAGGAGGGUUUCGAGGCGUUCUGACCUCCGGGUCUGCGCCUCCCGGUAUCCUGCAGUCUCGGGAACACGGCAGGCUCUUGGACCCGGCAGACGCUCCAGCGCGCCUCCCUCCCUCUCUCUAUAUUAGCCCGAGCUCCCUCUCCCCACGUACAGAACUCUUGGCUUGCUCCCCGCUGGCCGCGGGGCUGGCUGCUGGGGCGCAGUCCGGGCUGCAGUGCUGAACCAGCGGUGGCUCCGACUGGCCAAGAGGACCAGCGGAGACUUCUGCUGCCGCCGUCUCUGCUGGGGCGCGCUGCCCCAGGUGCUGCCCUCCGAGCGCGCCCCGCCUGCCCAUCCUCGGGGCACCCCAGGGCAGUGGAGUUGCGGGGUGUCCGAGCGGGCUGCUCCCCACUUCUGUCCCAGGCCGGCGCAGCCACUCCUCAUUCUAGGCAAGGAUGGGCUCUUCCCAGUCCAUGUCAGAGGAGGUCCGGGACCUCGUAGGCAAGACCGGCUUCUCUUCAGAACAAAUCGAACAGCUUCACCGAAGGUUCAAGCAGCUGAGUGGGAACCAGCUGACCAUCCGCAAAGAAAACUUCAAUAACAUCCCUGACCUGGAGCUCAACCCAAUCAGAUCCAAAAUCAUCCGUGCCUUCUUUGACAACAGGAACCUCCGAAAAGCACCCAAUGGCUUGGCUGAUGAGAUUAACUUUGAAGAUUUCUUGACCAUAAUGUCUUACUUUAGACCAAUUGAGACCAACAUGGAUGAGGAACAGCUGGAGCACUGCAGAAAGGAGAAGCUAAGAUUUCUCUUUCACAUGUACGACUCUGACAGUGAUGGACGGAUCACCUUGGAAGAAUAUCGAAAUGUGGUAGAGGAACUGCUUUCUGGAAACCCCCACAUUGAAAAGGAGUCAGCCAGAUCCAUUGCUGAUGGAGCCAUGAUGGAGGCUGCCAGUGUCUGUGUGGGACAAAUGCAACCGGAUCAAGUGUACGAGGGAAUCACCUUUGAGGACUUCCUAAAGAUCUGGCAGGGGAUAGAUAUAGAGACCAAGAUGCACGUCCGCUUCCUCAAUAUGGAGACCAUUGCCCUUUGCCAUUGACCUCAGCCGGCCUCCUCUGGUCCUGAGAAGAGCUCUCCCCACAGGGCAAAGAUGACUCGGGAGCCUGUGGGCCCCAAAUGAAUGUGGGUUUUCUUUGCUACUGACAUGUAUACAAUCAACUUGCUAAUGUGCUUCUAUUGUUUUCCUAUACAGAAUGGAUGGUCUGUGAGACGACUCUUUUUAUCUCUAAUAAAUUAGGUUUUGUUAAUGAA